CAGGGCGGUUGCGCUCGCUGCUUAGCGUCCUGCGUGCGUAUCAAGGCACGCCGCUGGCUGAAUCAACCUAGGGUUUCUUGGGCGUCUCGGCCCAAACCUGUCUCUCGUUCAGCACUGCACAACCUUUUAUACAUGAAUCAGAAGCGAAUUAUACAGCCCAAGCACCCCUUCGGAAACACCUCGACCUUUCUUACCUACGUACCGAAAGCCUACCAUCGACCAGUCGGACACUAACGCAGCAUGCUGAUCGCCGCCGCUCUCCCGUCUUCUCCGUUUGUUUGUCUGAGGCUACUGCCCUGGUAGGCGGCACUUGAGACAAGACAAGAUAGUCGACUGCCUUGUCUCCGACAUAAACGCCCAUCAUGGAGGCCGAGUCAUCUGCUUCGGUUACUGUCAACGCCAUGGCCGCUAUUUCGUCUGCUUUGCGAUCAGAAUCCGUCAAAAUCCAGUGCUGCUGUGGUCGGCCGGACUGCGUUUUCUUGAAGCACAACUGCUCUGUUCUCGAGAGUGUCGAAAAGGAUGUCCACACCGCUGCUAAAAUGGGCCAGGUUCUCCUGGCGCGCCACGAAGCCUAUAUGGCAGACGCCGAACGCGAUCGCACCGAGCUGACGAGCCGAAUUGAUCAACUCGAGACAGACAAGAGGGGUCUCGAGGCCGACAAUGCCAAAACAAUCGAGGAGAACCGCAUGCUGCUCGACCAGUUGGAGGCGCUAAAUACAUCCGUAACCGAUGCAGAGGUACAGAUAACGACUCUCGAGGCGGCCUUGCGUUCUUCCCAACUGAGUGUCAGAAGACUAGAGGGCGCAGCAGCUCGGGCGGCAGAACUGGAGAAAGAGUUGGAAUACCUGGAGCGGGAACAGGAAAAGAUUCAAAACGACCUCUUCAGCUCUCAACGUGACGCACGCUCAGCAGUACAAAGAUGGAAGACUGCCGAACGUGGGAUUUCCAACCUUCAGGAUCAGCUGGAGCGCAUUGAGCGCGAGGCUACACAAGAGCGUGAGCGCCAUGCCGAAAUUGUAGAGAGGCUUGAACGGCAGAGCGCCAUGGAGAAGGACCUCACAGCUGCGGCUGGUCGGCUCAAGGGCGCCGCCGCAACCAAGAGCCUUGGUGAUGGGAAAACCACCAACCCAGCAGUGUCUCACUUUGUGCGAGAUCUGCUACAGGACAAUGCGAACCUGCAGUUAGGAAUUGCCGAACUCCGUGAGCUUUUAGCCAGCAGCAAUGACGAGAUACAGCUUCUCAGAGAGCAACUGGUAUACCAUCAACCAAUCGCGCAAGGCGAGGCCAGCGCUGCAUCGACUCUAAGGGCGGAGCUGGGGCCCCAGGAGCACGAAAUGAACCAUGAGACCCCAACUCGAAAGCCGUCUGUUCAUCAGCACGCUCCCAAGCUGUCUCAGGAGUUGCAUAUUCACCACCACUACCACGUCAAGCCAGAGGCGAAGAAGCCCAAGAAGAAGCGCCACGGGCUGAGUGCGAGCAUCUUUAGCCCACCAAUGAGGUCGCCAUCAACUCCUCCAGGUGGACAAUGGCAAAUGAACCAAGGAUCACACACACCUGCACUCUUAUCCCACGGCUACAGAGAUUCCGUUUCGACGGUGCCCUCAAACAGAUGGUCUGUCUUUUCGGAAAACAUGUCGGAUGCUGCCAUCUCAUCGGUACCGACCUCUCCGCGCUCCAACAACCGGGAUUCAAUGUUUGAUCGUAGUAUGCUUGAGGGAUCAUGUCCCACGUCCCCGAUCACUUCGACUGAUCCCAGGUCGCCUGGGUUCGAGAAUGCCUAUCGCCAGGGUCCGUCUGAUGCUUCAGCCCACAACUUCCAGCACUUGCAUUUUUCUUCACUUGACAAAGGCUCGGACGAAAACGCUGCCGUUAGUAUGUCAACGACUCCAAUACAGUCAAGUAAUCUUGAUGCGUUUGUAGCCAAUUCUCAGGCAACGCCCGAUCGUCUUACCGACAGCCCAAUGGAUAUGUCGCGUUCACCAGAAUCUACUCGCACAUCACCCCUAGCGCUUACGGUGUCUACCGGCGUCUCUUUAGACGAUACAGACGACAACUCGUCCAUUACGCCAACAUCCACAGCUGGCGGCCGGCCAAUGUCCCGCAAGAUUCACCGUGCUGCCUCUCACGAAUCCAUCAUGUCGCUGUCGGGCGGGCUAGAUAUUCACACGCUCAAGGCAAGGCCCAGCCAGCUUACACUGAGACAUCUCGGCACUAUGGCCGCAGCAGACACUGGUCUCAGCGCGGUGACUGCGAGCCCGACAAUAUCAAGGGUCGUUGCCGGCAACGGCAGGCCUGGAAGCGCAGCUCUCAGAGAUAGUUUGUCGAUUGGUUUGCCUAUGCCGCGGACCCGUGUAGUUUCGGCGGGCGUGUCUGGCACGUCUACCGGCACGAGCUUUGCUACUCCUCGACAACCCACCUCGGCGUUAGGAAGGUUUGCGGCAUGGCGCCUUUGGGGAGGGUCUAGCUCAGCAUCUACAACGCCAUCGUCCACGCCUCCCGUACCUGCGAUUCAAGAGUCUGUUGUGACGGCUGUCGAAGAUGCGUCAGCAACGCCAAAGUCGCCUUUGACGCCGGCAUCUCUGGGUUCUUCAACCAAAUCGCCACGCGAACAACAGCAUAGAGACUUUUCACGACCGGCCGGGAUCAACCAGGCUGGUGCUAUACCCGGUUUUCAAGAAUAUUUUGCAGCUCACCAGCGGAGGGCACCCCCGAGUAAGGUCACACCCGAUGUUGUCGACCGUGAUGCGUUGAGAGAGGUGCUUGAUGGGGAAUGAUUUUACAUGGAACUUUUUGACGAGACGAUUUAUUGCACACUUGACAUGACCAUACCUUUCAUUUGUUAUAUUUUUUGUCCCCCAAAUUGUGUAUAGUUAUCUUACCAGCAUAUAGGUUUGCUGGUUUGAUUUGCAUCUUUGACAAGGUAGCAAGGAGUUGGAAGGUUUUCCUUUAUUUGGGUCUUGGAUAUUGAUUGAUACCUCUUGGAUAUUUCACAGUUUUAAUGUAUAUUGAUUACCUUGACUACCU